AUGAUAUUAACUUGGGUUGAAUUAUUUGAUGGGUUUUAUGAGUAUUCAUAAGUCAUUAUUUAUGGUGAAUAUUAAAAUGGUAAAAGAGUUGGUAGAUGGGAUUUAGAUAUGUUUGGAGAAGUUGUGUAAUAUAAUUUUAUUAUAUAAUAUAAUAUAAAAUAUUUCAGUGGUGGUGGAACAUAUGAUGAUAAUGGGAAUAAGAUUGGGUAGUGGAUUGACUUGAGUGAUGAUUAUGGAUACAAAAAUGGCAAAAAAAAUAUUGUAAUGAGAUAUUAAUUAUACAUGUGGAAAAACUUAAUAAAUGUCAAUAUCUUAAUAAUAUCUAUAGUGGUGGAGGAUCAUAUGAUGAAUUUGAUGAAGGAAUUAAAAUUGGGAAAAGGAUUGAGAAAGGUGAAAACUUGUUAUUUGAUAAAAAAUAAUUUACUAAGGUGA